AAAAGUGUUUUGAAGGUGGAUCCCGUCUUCAAAUCAUCCUAGUAGCGCAUGCUGCACGCUGCCCAACAAGUGUGUGAAGUGAAAAGGUCGCUCUCCGUGUGCCGGAAUUCCAUUUCCCACAUAUCUGAGAUUUUUUUUAGCGCGUAACAAGCCAUAGUGCAGCAUCGUCAGAAAAACAUCGUCCACUCACCCUCAUCGAAAGCAUAUACACCGCUCCAACGUAGCGACCAGCAGUAGCAGCAGCAGCGACAAACACCACCAUGAAUCAAAUCAUCGUGCUGAGCGAGGGCUACUCGAAGUACGAGCAGAACGAACCGCCGUCGGCCGACGCCCCGAUGCUGGCCAACUGCACCUGCACCCUGAUCAAAGGCCCCGAUUGCAACGUCAUCGUCGACACGAUGACACCUUGGGAUGGCGAUCUGCUUUUACAGCGACUGCAGGAGCAUCAGCUGCAUCCGGACGACAUCGACUACGUCGUGAGCACACAUGGACAUUCCGACCAUCUGGGGAAUAAUAACCUCUUCCUGCGGGCGAAGCGGCACAUCGUUGGCACUAAUAUUUCCCACCGGAAUCGUUACUACGUCCAUGAUUUCGACGCCGGCCCCUACCGACUGACGGACGACAUCGAAGUGCAGGCCACACCGGGCCACACGCUGUCCUGCGUGACGGUGCUGGUAGCAAAGAGCAACCUGGACGAACGCCGCCCGGUUGCCAUCGCAGGCGAUCUGUUCGAGCGGCAGCAGGACAUCGAGGACGAGCGGCUGUGGCUUGAGGCGGGCAGCGAAGAUCCCCGCGCCCAGCGCAUCCAUCGCGCCCGCAUUGCCAACCUGGCCGGGUGGAUCAUCCCGGGCCACGGUGGUCCCUUCCGGGUCGAUGCGUUCGUACGCGAGAAGCUGAACAAACAGCAGGACCAGGCAGGACCCUCAACCGAGGGUGAUGUUAUUUAACGAGCGCUGGAUUGGGAAUUCGUGCGUAGCUUUAUGGUAUGAAUGAAUGAUUGGAACAGGCGGAAAAAAGGAACCUUUGAAGGGUGAUGCACGUUUUAUUUGUUAACAAUGUUUCGUGCUCGAGUUUAUCGUUUAACGUGUGCGUUUGUGUUGUUUUUAUAUGCUGAAUUAUGAACGCACGCGCAUUUGAAACGCCGCAAGCAAGUGUUGAUACACUAUUCCGUUUGAUUUCCGCUCUGUUGCGGUCUGUUUUCUCUUGUUUCUGUACGAAACUUUGAUCAUUGAAAAAAAAGAGUACUAUUGCAAACAAAAAAACCAAUAUGCGAUGCAAAAUGGGGAAGCAAAAGGCAAACAUGAAAAAGGUAUUAAUAUAAGUGACUAUUCAAUAUGAUUAUUAUCCGUGUAUCUGAACAAGAAAAAAAAGAAACAAAUUGCUAUCAUUGUGCAUUACAAAUUAUCGAUUGUUCGUUCAUAGUGUUGUUCAAUGUAAUGGCAAAAACCCCAAAAAGCAAAAAACAAGGGGCGCGCUGAAAAAAAAAGCGUUCAUUAAUUCUCCGCAAGGAUUAAUGGAUCGCGCUCAGCCCGUCGUCACCAAGUGGUGAGCGGUUACUAUACACAAUGUGUUACAAAUAAUUAAUCUGGUUGCAUUAAUCGUAAAGAAAACAAAACAGAACACGCAAAACAAAGAUGCAGUUACCUACCUAAUUGUUAGUCGGCAGAGUUAAUUGUUGUUUGUGUCGAAGCCCGGAACCCGAAGUUACGGAAUGUUUUGCGUUUUUUUCCGCUCCCUCUCCUUUUUACAUCGUUAUAUGCAGUUGUAUGCGCAUUUUGCUGGCUGACAAAGCUGGUUGCAGCAAAUGCUAGUCGCUUUAAAAAAAACGCACACACAGGUAGAACGAACGGAGUAGCGCUUGAUUGCGUUCGCUUCAUGGUUUUGGGAUGCAUUUAUGUAGGGAAAAUGGAAGAUGUUGGUGGUGAAGCAAAUUGCGGCGAAGCAAGAGGACUGGCGCUAGACGAGCCAGUCGGAGGUUACGAGGUUUACCGUGCAUUAUUGCAUUGUUGGUUGAGCGAAGCGGGAUUGUAGAAAUGCUUACGAUUGAUCGCUUUUUUACCGCUUAUUUCCGUAUCCUUUGCCGGUUUGCUUCCCACUCGAAGUUUGCGCAAUACCGGAGAUUGAUGUUCGGUUGGGUUUACCGCGAACGUUCGGUAGAUCGGCUAUCCUCCCAUGAGAAUCCUAAAAAGAAACAAAACAUCCCCAAAAUACACAGUUGGUGGAGCAAAUAGAGAGAGACAAAGAAAAGAAAAAAAAAAAACAAACAAAACCACUCCUACGGAAACGUUCUCAUAGAACGGACGGCAACGAUGUUGCCGAAUGUUGCAGACGCAAGCUUUAUGAGAAACAGAGAAAGAAAGAGGAAAACAAACUUACAUACCUAUGCUUUAUGGUUUUAACAAAACAAAAAACCCCCUUUGUUUGUGUUAAACCACAACCUAGCUUUCAAUGCGAAAGAAGCCAAGAGCCGCGGAGACGAGGCGGGAUGGCAUUUGGAAUGAAAGAAUUACAUACACAAUUUACAUAACUACACGAUAUUAAAUAAGCAGUUUAUUGAUCAUACAUGUAAACGUUAGUGGACUUAGAGUUUCAAACAAAAAAAUGUUUCUUAAACUACAAGCGAAUGAAAAAUGGCGGGAGACAAGAAAACACAAAACCACAUCACACAUUAUACACAGCAACACACACAUACACAGCACAAGAUAGUAAAUGUUUAUACAUCGGCAGAAGGAUACAUAGCAAAGCGUGGAAACUUCGCACUGUGAACGGCAAAACACAUGAACUAAACAAACAAAACAACUGGACAACACUUACUUGCAUCCAAAACUCACACAUUUAAAAAGAAUAAAAAAACACACACACGGAAAACCAAUGGUACCAAUUUUGAAAAAGGUUGUGCAAAGUAAACAGAUGAAACAAGCAACAAGAAAAAAAAACAAAACAAAAGAAGUAAACUACACACCCACAACACAACAACAAAACCUCCCAUGUAGGGGAAAAUCUGCUGAUCUUGAUCUUUGUGCUAAGCCACGCCAUUUCUAUAGUGAACGUGAUGACACGUGGGAGACACAGACGCAGUCGCAACAACCAACCCACAAACAUACGCAUAUAUCUGUACACACAAACACCACCACACACAUACACGAUUUGAAAUCUAUGGGCUUACAGACAGGGAUAAUGGUGGCGGUGGUGGUGGUGUGGCGUUGGUGGCGCCGCUCCCUUCGGUCGGAUCCUUCUGCUUAAACAAGGGAACAGAAGGGACGCUGCAGUGGUGCCGGUGAUCACACGCACACUCACACACACACACGCCCACCCAUACACCUGAUGCCUUCUUUAAACGAUGAUGCUUCUACCGAUUUGCCAACUUUUUGAAGACAACAGCUCUCCCGGAGAGGGUGGGGAAGGGCACUGCAAAACUGCAUACAACUUAGUAAAACUCACAGUCACUGGUAGUGCAUCUGGUAGUGUGAAGGAUGCCCCAGGCGGUAAUAGUAGAGCUUGGCUAGUUGUUUCGAAUACAAACACACACUCACAAACGUACACAAAGCAUCACUCACACAUACAUAGACACACAACUAUAUACACAGUAGCAAUAUGUGCCCACGGUGGCAGUAGAACGCAGCAGCAGCGACAGGAUAAUAUUAUACAGCAAAGCGUAAAAUGCAUUAAAUCUUCGUAUAAUGAAUGUUUAGUUCUUAAAAAAACAAAACAAAACAAAAAAGCAAACACACGUACACACAUACAACAAAGCAACAAAUUGCAAGAAACAAGUAAUGAAUAAUCGAAUAAGAGUUAUAUAUACACAAACACAUAUAUAUACAAAUAUAUAUAUAUAUAAAUUAUACAGCAAUGUAAUCAUCUCAUGAAUCAUCAAAAAAUCAUCAAACGCAGUAAUUAAACUAGCAGCGUAAGUGCAAAACCCCUUUUUGAAGGCGCAAAGGGGCGCCCCAGCUCCUUGGCGGAGACUAAGAUCGACUCCGCGCCUCCUGGCCGGCGGGAAUGGGGCGCCCAAUUUUACACCACUUGGAUCCGAAAACUAAAAUACAAGAUAUAACUACUACUACUACUAGUUGGUAAGGAACGUGAAUGAACCAGUCACGUAAAACAAAAAAUGGAAGGAAGCAAAACCCCUGGCAAACAGCAAAACAAAAAACCGAAAACUGUAACGAGUAAUGACGUUUUAGUAAUGGUAAGCAAAACAAUUAGCGUAUUUAGAAACAUUUAGUAAACGUUACGUGUUAAGUAAUAAUAGAGCGAUAGAAGGAAGAAUAGAAGAAGGAGAGUUAGAUAAGGAGGUGGUAGAAUUAGUGAAGUGAUUUGAAAAAGAAAAUGAAAUUUCUCCUCCCCGCUACAGCAUUGUAACAACAACAAGCGGCAAAAAACAGGAGAAAGCCUGGCAAACACGAUUUUCUACUAAGCGGAAUAUUUAUGCGUAAACAAGAAAAGGCUACAAGCAUAUAGAACAUAUACAUAUAUACAUACAGGCACACUUAAAACUUACAGUACAUAUAUACAACAACUAUGUAUGGAUAUACACAAGACAGAGGACAGCAGUGGGAGACGACAAAAAAGGCGCAUUUAGCUCUUGAGUAGUUUGCAGCAUUUAAAAUAGCGAUUAAAGCAAGCAGAACAAAACAAAACACAGAAAGACACACACACACAAAGAAAUGUUUAAUUGUUUCCUAUAAAACACAUUGUAAGCAAACCAUAACCUUAUGCAAAACUGAUUUAAUGAUGAUGAUGUUGAUGUUGAACUUACACAACAAGGCCAGCAGCAUGAUGCGCUCGCUCUUGGUGAAAGGAAAGGAAUACAGAAAAACACAAAAAAAAAAACAAGAACGAAUGGUUGCAAAUCCCUGUUGAAUGACAGUGACAGUAGAAAAGAGCAGGUAAAAAAGAAGGAAAAGGACAUGUAGGUCACACAUGCUGACGAUCACAAUGGGAAAUGUUAUGCCGAUGAAUAGGAAUGCGGUACAAUGCGUAGUGCCGCCAAGUGCCGCCGGAAGUGCAUGUGUGUGUGUGUGUUGGGAAACUGUGCAGGCAGGAAACGGAACACUUAAAACAAUAAUUUGACCGUUAGUAUAGUGAGAGGCCAGUGGAGCUUUGAUGCGUUGUUGCGGGCGAAGAUAAUGAUAGAGAGCACAAAGGAAGGCGCAAAAAAGAAAUGAAAUGGCGAAAGCGAAAAGAGAGAGAGAGAGAGAGAGAGAGAGAGAGAGAGAGAGAGAGAGAGAGAGAGAGAGAGAAAUAAAAUCAAUAAAAUCCAUAUGUACCGCCCUCGCUGGCGAAUUAUAGUAGUGUUUGUAAAAGCAGCUAGCAGUAGAAGAAGUAAGGAAGAGGAGAGAGCAUUAAGGUCGUAGAAGAAGUAAAACUAUUUCACAAAAAAUGUAGUGUGACUAAACGUAGCAUAUAUAAUUACUCUAUCAUGUUAUCAUGAACGUGUGUGUGUGUGAAGGAUAAGGUUGCGAUAAAGAAAGGGAACGAUAUAUAGAUUGUAGGGAAGACAUUGGGAUAAUAAUGUUAAAGGCAGUGUGCAGUACCCAAGUAUGCAAAAUUAAAAAAAAAGAAAGAAAGAUCCCAUAUAUACACACAUACACACUAGUAAAUGAAUACGCAAAACCCUAUACAUAUAAAUAUAUAUUAUAUAUAUAAAACGAGAAAGACGUUACAGUGUGGCGAGUAGUGCUAAGUAAGCGAGUGCGCGCAUACAUUUGUUGAAAAAUACAGAUGAAGCUGCAGCAAGCAAAAACGCAAAAAAGCAAACAAAACAUAUUAAAAUUAUACUUAAAACAAGAAAAGCAAAACAAAACACAAUAUAUCUUAUAAAGCAACAAUAGAAAGGAUGUGAAUGCUAGUAAUGCGAACAAUGCGAGGGAAGAAGAAGAAGAAGAAGAAGAAGAAGAAGAAGAAGAAGAAAAAGAAGAAGAAGAAGAAGAAGAAGAAGAAGAAGAAGAAGAAAAAGUGUCGUAGCAUGUAUGUCGAAGGCGAGUAAUUGAUACAUUAUUUAAGCUUGUACUUGUUAAAUGCGAGAACGCGCAGAACCAUUUCGGACAAUAUUAACGACCGAAUGGCCUUGAGCAGCUCUCAGUAAACACAUUAAACACACACGCAAACAAAUACACAAAACAUACAGCAUAGGAAAGGUUUUAGGAGAGUAGUCGAUUCAGAUGAAAAAUUAUAACACAAACGAUCGGAAACAACUAAUCUUUAGCUGCUAAAUCCCGCCCCACAAUGUGUACUGUGAAUGAUGAAAAUGGGACAAAAAAGGAGUAUAACGCGUUAGAGUUAGUGGUAAGAGAGUGCAAUGAAGGUCUGUUUAACUCAGAGGUCGUUGCUCGGGCCACAGCUUUGAACACAGCUGGCAGUUCGACUAGAGGGUGGCUGCAAAACAAACCAACACCGUGCAAACCAGCAGUAUAAAGAUAUUAAUCUUCCGACACAACCUGUCGAAUUACGCCCGAGUAUGCUGCGAUGCGCACACUGUUUUGUAAACACUGUUCUACUCCAACUAUCAAACCGCUCACACGGUAUCGUCUUCAAAUGACGCCGGAUGCAGCGACCUCUUUCUUCAAUAGACCUUGAAUGAAACGUAAUCUAAUAGCGAGCGUGUUAUGCGGAUUGCAUAAAUGUUGGCGUUUGUAGAACGAGCAUUAAGGAAAUGGGAGGAAAAGGCAUUAGGCAGUGAUUACAUGGCUUCAGCUGUGCGGCUUACAUCAGUGUAUGACAUAAUGCAGGGCAGGCAAAACACAUCCUUCGGUGGUGUGAGAAUGUCACAACAUCAGCAAAAGGAGGGACACAACAAAAAAAACAAAAUACAAAAUCAGGUGAUAAAAACAACAUCCAUCAAGUGCAGAUGAAGGACAGUGCAAAAACAUAAUGUCUUGCUCUGCUCGGUUUUGCGGUAACACAGCAAGCGUGUCACAUUGCGAGUGUAAGCACACAGACGCACACACACACACACCAGUUACAAACAAUAACAUCGUAAUGGAAGGAUGUUAGUGCCAGUGAUACAGAUGAGGACAACAAUGUAACGUGCAGACCAAUCUUGAAUGGCGUGAAAUAGAACGGUAAAAAAAACGCAGUAUUUGUCAUGCAGAAGAAAGAAACCCAAACCAAACACAAACAAAACACUACAAAGUGUAUGUGUGAAAUAGUAGUCGCAACCACAAAAAAAAAACUCACAAUGCACAAACAAAGUGAAACCAGCAUACAGGAGCAUACAUUACAGGAAUAUACAGACAAGCUUCGGCAACAAACAAAAAAAAAGCAAGCAAGCAACAAACAGCUACUAAAAGAAGAUGAAGAAAGGAGGGAGAAAAAUAUAAUAAUUCACAUAAUACGCACACCGAAGAAGCCCACAUGGAUUGGAUUGAGUAUGGUUUGCUUUUGAGCAGAAGACACACGGCGUAAGAUUGGCGGGGACGCUAAGAGUAUGAUUAAUUGAAAUUUUCACAUACACAAACACACACAUACAGCCAUAAAAAGCAUAAAAGCAACAGCAAAAAAAGACAAAACAGAACAUGUAUACACUAGCAGUGCCAGUAAUCAAAAAGAUUUUCGAAAAGCAGAUAAAAACAAACAUAAAAAAUAGAGCAAACGGCAACGCAAAGGCAUG